AUGGGUGGUGGUAUUCCUUUUAAGAACCUCGGUCAUCUAACUGAUGGCACUCUGGUCCCUGGAAAUCCCGAUCACUAUCAUGGGGCACGUCCUGAGCAACUUGACAAGCAAAUACAAAUUGAACUCAGUCAUCAAAUUGUGCCCUCCACGCAGCAUGAUCUCCCUAUUGCGCCGAAUUUUUUCCUGGCAGUGAAAGGACCUGAUGGGUCGGCAUCAGUAGCCAAAAGACAAGCAUGCUAUGACGAUGCAUUAGGAGCAAGGGGACUGCACUCGCUUCAGACGUAUGGCAAAGAUGGACCUGAAUUUGACAACAAUGCUAUGAUUCUGAAGCCUUUUGAGAAGGUGCGACCUGGUAUCGGAAUGGCAGGGACCGGGCAUUGGGCAAAGGAGCAAAGGGACGAAGCAAUAAGCCGAGCAAACGAGAAAGCCACUCAGGAAGCCACUCAGGAUAUUGUUGAAUCCGGUGCUGCAAAUACGAGUUUCAGCACAGUUUGUGAAAUACCGAAUACUGAGUCAGUCGCAUCUAUCACUGAGCAGUCCUAUUUCUCGUUUAACGGCACAAACACAACAAGCACGCAUUCAUUACGAAAAGAUUGGGAUUUCUCACACUGAGUUUAUAACUGAUCCAAUGCCAGUUUGCUGUAAUGGAGUAAUUUAUGCGAUCCCAAAACAGUGCAUA